AUGAAAGAUCGGACGAACGCAUUUAAUAGCGAUUUACAGAAUAAUAUUGACGAAGAGAAAAAAACUGUCACUAAUGAAUCAACAGCAAUAUCUCAUAGACAACAGAAAACAUCAGUUGUUCGAGAAACAUCAGCUAGCGCGCUCACAGCAAGCGCUACCACUACUACAACAAUUGCUGUUAAAAAUCUCACUGAAAAAAGGAAGAAGAAUGUUGUGAAUAUGAAAAAGUGGUUACACAAAAGUCCAAAAUCGACGAAAGAAGUUGUAAGAGUCAUUCGGAUGAAAAAUGAGCAACAACAAGGAUCAUCAGAGAGUAAAAAUGUAAAAAAAUUAGUACAGACAGUAGCUAAAACUCCAAAAGAAAAACAUCUGUCGUAUGGAACUUUUUUCGGUGAAAAUACAUGGAAAGAAUCUGAUGAAAAAUUGGCUUUAUUCCAGCAUCAGCAAUUGAUCAAGAAAUCAUCAAGAAUUGAAAAAUCAUUACUAGUAGAUCUAAAACAUGUGGUUGUAACAUCAAUUGCCAAAAAGAAACCGUCAACAUUAGAGAAAAAAGUUAUUAAUAUGGCAUCACGAAAUCAGUCGAUAAAUCAAGAAAAAGCGAUGGAUAAAACUGGUUUUGAGAAAAGAGAUAUUUCAUUGACAAGUUAUCCAUCAUCCUAUAGUACUGUUCAAAAUAAUGUUGCUCACAAUUUAUUUCGGCAAGUACUUGAACAAGAGAAAGUAGAGUGUUUCAAAAAACGACGCCAACUUGCCCAACGCCAGGCGUUGAAACAAGAAAUGACAAAAAAAAUGAGAAAACUAAAAUCUCCGAUAACAACAUUAGCUAAGAAAAAACAAACGAUAGAUAUCGAUAAAAUAUUUGAACAAAAGUUGAAACGAAUAAAAACGCUGACAGCAAUUGAGAUGGACUUAAAAAAUUUAUAUGCGACAUCUAGUAUUCGAAUUAAAAAUGUGUUAAACCCAAAAUGUAUUGAUGAUUUUGUUUAUGAAACAAGAAAACGUGUACAACUGUUAGGAGGAGAUAUUAAAUUGAUAUAA